AUGGUUUCAGGAAAGGAAAUAGAAAAGGUAGAAGAUCACAAGGUUAGACAGGAUAUCAAAGAAAAAUAUCCAAGUUACCAGAAUUUUGAUCAGCAAUUGUGUGAUCCUGGUGAAUUUCUUUGCCACGAUCACGUGACUUGUGUCUCCCAGAGCUGGCUGUGUGAUGGAGACCCUGACUGCCCUGAUGAUUCAGACGAGUCUUUAGAUACCUGUCCCGAGGAGGUAGAAAUCAAGUGCCCCUUGAAUCACAUUACUUGCCUUGGAACCAACAAAUGUGUUCAUUUAUCCCAGUUGUGCAAUGGAGUGUUGGACUGCUCAGAUGGGUAUGAUGAAGGAGCACAUUGCCGUGAAUUGUUAUCAAGUUGCCAGCAGCUAAAUUGUCAGUACAAAUGUGCAAUUGUCAGAAACAAUACUAGAUGCUACUGUGAGGAUGGAUUUGAAAUAAGAGAGGAUGGGAGAAGUUGUAAAGAUCAAGAUGAAUGUGCCAUUUAUGGCUCCUGCAGCCAGACUUGCAUAAAUACACAUGGAUCCUACACUUGUGGUUGUGUGCAGGGGUACAUCAUGCAGCCGGAUAACAGGUCUUGCAAAGCUAAAAAUGAACCUACAGAUAGUCCACCUAUGCUACUAAUUGCAACAUCAGAAACAAUUGAAGUUUUCUUUCUUAAUGGAAGUAAAAUGGCCAGUAUGAGCUCAGCCAAUAAAAAUGAAAUUCAUGCUCUGGAUUUUAAUUAUAAUGAAGAAAUGAUAUGUUGGAUUGAAUCGAGAGAUUCUUCAAAUCAACUCAAAUGUGUCCAGAUAACCAAAACAGGAAAAUUAACAGACGAAUGGACAAUCAAUAUUCUUCAAUCCUUCCACAAUGUGGAACAAAUGGCAAUUGACUGGAUCACCAGAAAUCUGUAUUUUGUGGAUCAUGCCAGUGACCGGAUCUUUGUUUGUAACUACAAUGGGUCUGUGUGUGUCACUUUGAUUGACCUGGAACUUCACAACCCGAAGGCAAUAGCAGUAGAUCCAAUAGCGGGAAAACUUUUCUUUACUGACUACGGGAAUGUUGCCAAAGUGGAAAGAUGUGACAUGGAUGGGAUGAACAGAACAAGGAUAAUUGAUUCCAAGACAGAGCAGCCAGCUGCACUGGCACUAGACCUAGUCAACAAAUUGGUUUACUGGGUAGAUCUUUACUUGGACUUUGUGGGUGUUGUGAACUAUGAAGGAAAAAAUAGACGUACAAUCAUUCAAGGCAGACAUGUUAGACAUCUUUAUGGGAUAAGUGUGUUUGAAGAUUAUUUAUACGCAACCAAUUCAGAUAACUUCAAUAUCAUAAGGAUAAACCGUUUUAAUGGCACUGAUAUUCAUUCAUUAGUUAGAAUGGAAAGUGCUCGAGGAAUUCGAAUCUAUCAAAAAAGAAUGCAACCAAUGGUCAGAAGCCAUGCAUGUGAAGCUGAUCCAUAUGGAUUGCCAGGGGGAUGUUCACACAUCUGUCUGCUGGGCAGCAGCUACAAAACACGGACCUGUCGCUGCAGGACUGGCUUCAACCUGGGUAGUGAUGGCAGGUCAUGCAAAAGACCAAAGAAUGAACUUUUCCUCUUUUAUGGGAAAGGACGUCCUGGAAUUGUUAGAGGAAUGGACUUGAAUACCAAAAUUGCUGAUGAGUACAUGAUCCCUAUAGAAAAUCUGGUAAACCCUCGAGCUUUAGAUUUUCAUGCAGAAACCAAUUAUAUCUACUUUGCUGACACCACCAGUUUCCUAAUUGGCCGGCAGAAGAUAGAUGGUACAGAGCGAGAAACCAUUCUGAAAGAUGAUUUGGAUAAUGUAGAAGGCAUUGCAGUGGACUGGAUUGGAAAUAAUCUUUACUGGACAAACGAUGGCCAUAGGAAAACCAUUAAUGUGGCCAGAUUGGAAAAGGCGUCUCAGAGUCGGAAGACACUUUUAGAGGGAGAAAUGUCUCAUCCCAGAGGAAUUGUGGUGGAUCCAGCUAAUGGUUGGAUGUAUUGGACAGACUGGGAGGAAGAUGAAAUAGACGACAGCGUGGGAAGGAUCGAGAAAGCUUGGAUGGAUGGCUUCAAUCGUCAGAUUUUUGUGACUUCAAAGAUGCUGUGGCCAAAUGGCUUAACUCUGGACUUUCAAACCAACACAUUAUACUGGUGUGAUGCCUAUUAUGAUCAUAUUGAAAAAGUGUUUUUGAAUGGAACACACAGGAAGACUGUUUACAGUGGGAAAGAAUUGAACCAUCCUUUUGGAUUGUCACAUCAUGGGAAUUAUGUUUUCUGGACUGAUUAUAUGAAUGGCUCCAUUUUUCAACUAGAUUUGACAACGAGUGAGGUGAUAUUACUGAGACAUGAAAGGCCACCUCUCUUUGGACUUCAAAUUUAUGAUCCACGAAAGCAACAAGGAGAUAAUAUGUGCCGGGUGAACAACGGGGGCUGCAGUACACUUUGCCUGGCCAUCCCAUCAGGCCGAGUAUGUGCAUGUGCUGAUAAUCAACUUCUAGAUGAAAAUGGGACCACAUGCACAUUUAAUCCCGGAGAAGUUGUCCCUCAUGUAUGCAAAGCUGGAGAAUUUCGCUGCAAGAACAGACACUGUAUCCAAGCUCGGUGGAAAUGUGAUGGUGAUGAUGACUGCCUGGAUGGAAGUGAUGAGGAUCCAGUACAUUGCUUCAAUCACAGCUGUCCCGAUGACCAGUUUAAAUGCCAGAACAAUCGCUGCAUCCCCAAAAGAUGGCUGUGUGAUGGAGCUAAUGACUGUGGCACCAAUGAGGAUGAAUCCAACGAAACUUGUGCAGCCAGAACAUGCCAGAUAGACCAGUUUUCUUGUGGAAAUGGGCGUUGUAUCCCCAGAGCCUGGUUGUGUGACAGGGAAGAUGAUUGUGGGGACCAGACUGAUGAAAUGUCAUCCUGUGAAUUCCCAACUUGUGAACCACUAAUUCAAUUUAUAUGCAAAAGUGGAAGAUGCAUUAGCAGCAAAUGGCACUGUGACUCAGAUGACGAUUGUGGAGAUGGGAGUGAUGAGAUAGGAUGUGUGCACUCUUGUGUGGAUAGUCAGUUCAGAUGUUCCAGUGGCCGAUGUAUUCCAGGCCACUGGGCCUGUGAUGGAGACAAUGACUGUGGAGACUUCAGUGAUGAAACUCAAGUCAAUUGUACCAAAAAAGAGAUCCGUUCUCCUGCUGGCUGUAAUGGCAAUGAGUUUCAGUGCCACCCUGAUGGAAACUGCAUUCCUGAUUUGUGGCGUUGUGAUGGAGAGAAAGACUGUGAAGAUGGUAGUGAUGAAAAGGGCUGCAAUGGGACCAUACGAGUGUGCGAUCACAAAACCAAGUUCUCCUGUCAGCGUACAGGGAGAUGCAUCAACAAAGCAUGGGUCUGUGAUGGGGAUAUCGAUUGUGAAGAUCAAUCUGACGAAGAAGACUGUGACAGUUUCUUGUGUGGCCCACCCAAGUACCCUUGUGCUAAUGAUACUUCAGUCUGCCUUCAGCCUGAAAAACUUUGCAAUGGGUGGAGGGAUUGUCCUGAUGGGUCUGAUGAAGGCGAUCUGUGUGAUGAAUGCUCGCUAAACAAUGGAGGCUGUAGCAACCACUGCUCUGUUGUCCCUGGAAGAGGAAUUGUCUGUUCUUGCCCAGAGGGACUUCAACUCAAGAAAGACAAUAAAACAUGUGAGAUUGUAGAUUAUUGUAGCAGUCAUCUUAAGUGCAGUCAAGUGUGUGAGCAGCACAAACUCACUGUCAAGUGCUCCUGCUAUGAAGGGUGGAGGCUGGAUGUGGACGGUAAAAGCUGCACCAGUGUUGAUCCCUUUGAAGCAUUCAUCAUCUUUUCCAUUCGCCAUGAGAUUCGAAGAAUUGAUCUGCAUAAAGGAGACUACAGUCUACUUGUGCCUGGAUUGAGAAACACCAUAGCCUUGGAUUUUCACUUCAACCAAAGUUUACUUUAUUGGACAGAUGUUGUAGAAGACAGGAUAUAUCGGGGCAAGCUUUCUGAGACUGGAGGUGUCAGUGCAAUAGAAGUGGUUGUAGAACAUGGCCUGGCAACUCCAGAAGGACUGACCGUCGACUGGAUAGCAGGCAACAUAUACUGGAUAGACAGCAAUCUGGACCAAAUUGAAGUGGCCAAAUUAGAUGGUUCUCUAAGAACUACACUAAUAGCAGGAGCCAUGGAACACCCCCGGGCCAUUGCACUGGACCCAAGAUAUGGAAUUCUGUUUUGGACAGACUGGGAUGCUAAUUUUCCUCGAAUUGAAUCUGCCUCUAUGAGUGGUGCUGGAAGAAAAACCAUCUACAAAGACAUGAAAACUGGGGCCUGGCCUAAUGGACUCACUGUGGAUCACUUUGAGAAAAGGAUAGUUUGGACUGAUGCCAGGUCAGAUGCUAUCUAUUCGGCCCUUUAUGAUGGAACAAAUAUGAUAGAAAUUAUCCGAGGGCAUGAGUACCUUUCUCAUCCUUUUGCUGUGUCGCUGUAUGGGAGCGAGGUCUACUGGACAGAUUGGAGAACAAACACAUUGUCCAAAGCCAACAAAUGGACAGGGCAGAAUGUCAGUGUCAUUCAGAAGACCAGUGCACAGCCAUUUGACCUUCAAAUAUACCACCCCAGUCGUCAGCCCCAGGCUCCCAAUCCCUGUGCAGCCAACGAAGGCCGAGGCCCAUGCUCUCACAUGUGUCUGAUUAAUCACAACAGGAGUGCAGCCUGUGCCUGCCCCCACUUGAUGAAGCUUUCCUCAGACAAGAAGACCUGCUAUGAAAUGAAAAAAUUUCUUCUGUAUGCAAGGCGUUCUGAAAUCCGUGGAGUAGACAUUGACAAUCCAUAUUUUAAUUUUAUCACGGCCUUCACAGUACCUGACAUUGAUGACGUCACUGUGAUAGACUUCGAUGCCUCUGAGGAGCGUUUAUACUGGACAGAUAUUAAAACACAAACCAUUAAACGAGCUUUCAUUAAUGGAACUGGGUUAGAGACUGUUAUUUCAAGAGACAUUCAGAGUAUCAGAGGGCUAGCAGUGGAUUGGGUCUCACGUAAUUUAUACUGGAUUAGCUCAGAAUUUGAUGAGACACAAAUUAAUGUGGCCCGGCUAGAUGGCUCUUUGAAAACCUCAAUUAUCCAUGGAAUUGACAAACCACAGUGUCUUGCAGCUCACCCAGUCAGGGGGAAACUCUACUGGACAGAUGGAAAUACAAUUAACAUGGCAAAUAUGGAUGGAAGUAACAGCAAGAUUCUCUUUCAGAAUCAGAAGGAACCAGUUGGUCUAUCAAUAGACUAUGUGGAAAACAAGCUUUAUUGGAUCAGUUCAGGCAAUGGAACCAUAAAUAGAUGCAACCUGGAUGGUGGUAAUUUAGAAGUAAUAGAGUCAAUGAAAGAAGAAUUAACAAAAGCUACAGCCUUAACUAUCAUGGAUAAGAAGCUCUGGUGGGCAGAUCAAAACUUAGCACAAUUGGGAACCUGUAGCAAAAGAGAUGGGAGGAAUCCAACCAUCCUACGAAAUAAGACUUCUGGUGUGGUUCACAUGAAAGUGUAUGACAAAGACGCACAAAAAGGCAGUAAUUCUUGUCACCUCAAUAAUGGUGGAUGCUCUCAGCUUUGCUUACCAACAUCUGAAACAACCAGGACUUGUAUGUGUACUGUGGGAUACUACCUCCAAAAGAACCGCAUGUCAUGCCAAGGUAUAGAAUCAUUUCUUAUGUACUCUGUUCAUGAAGGAAUUAGAGGAAUACCUCUUGAACCAAGUGACAAAAUGGAUGCCUUGAUGCCAAUCUCAGGAACUUCAUUUGCUGUGGGAAUAGAUUUCCACGCAGAAAAUGAUACCAUCUAUUGGACUGAUAUGGGCUUCAAUAAAAUCAGUCGAACUAAAAGAGAUCAGACUUGGAAAGAAGAUAUCAUUACAAAUGGCUUGGGAAGAGUGGAAGGGAUAGCAAUUGACUGGAUUGCUGGUAACAUAUAUUGGACAGAUCAUGGUUUCAACUUAAUUGAAGUUGCAAGACUCAAUGGCUCUUUUCGUUAUGUAAUUAUUUCCCAUGGCCUGGAUCAACCACGAUCUAUAGCUGUGCACCCAGAGAAAGGCUUUCUGUUCUGGACUGAAUGGGGACAGGUGCCCUGCAUUGGGAAAGCUCGCUUAGAUGGCUCCGAGAAGGUUAUCCUAGUAAGCCUGGGGAUCAUAUGGCCCAAUGGCAUCUCCAUUGACUAUGAGGAAAAUAAAUUAUACUGGUGUGACGCUCGCACAGACAAGAUAGAGAGAAUUGACCUUGAGACUGGAGGGAAUCGAGAAAUGGUGCUGUCAGGGAGCAAUGUGGAUAUGUUUUCAGUUGCAGUCUUUGGGGCUUACAUCUACUGGUCUGACAGAGCACAUGCCAACGGGUCAGUGAGAAGGGGCCACAAGAAUGAUGCCACUGAAAUCGUAACCAUGAGAACUAGCCUUGGAGUCAACCUGAAGGAGAUCAAAAUCUUUAACCGAGUAAGAGAGAAAGGGACCAAUGUUUGUGCCAAAGACAAUGGUGGCUGUAAGCAACUCUGCCUUUAUCGAGGAAAUUACCAGAGAACUUGUGCGUGUGCCCAUGGAUAUUUGGCAGAGGAUGGAGUUACUUGCUUAAGGCAUGAAGGCUAUUUGCUCUAUUCAGGGAGAACAAUAUUAAAAAGUAUACAUCUUUCUGAUGAAACCAAUUUAAAUUCCCCAAUAAGGCCAUAUGAAAAUCCACACUACUUCAAGAACGUCAUUGCCUUGGCUUUUGACUAUAGCCAGAAAAAGAAAGGUACCAACCGAAUCUUUUACAGUGAUGCACACUUUGGAAAUAUACAGCUUAUUAAAGAUAACUGGGAAGACAGACAAGUAAUUGUUGAAAAUGUGGGCUCUGUCGAGGGACUUGCUUAUCACAGAGCCUGGGACACACUGUACUGGACCAGUUCCACAACCUCAUCCAUCACUAGACACACAGUGGACCAGACACGACCUGGAGCAUUUGACCGAGAAGCCGUCAUCACCAUGUCGGAGGAUGACCACCCACAUGUGCUAGCCCUGGAUGAAUGCCAAAAUUUAAUGUUUUGGACCAACUGGAAUGAACAGUACCCAAGCAUCAUGAGAUCAACACUGACUGGGAACAAUGCUCAGGUGGUGGUCAGUGCAGACCUGCUCACUCCAAAUGGCCUCACCAUCGACCAUCGUGCAGAGAAGCUCUAUUUCUCAGAUGGAAGCUUGGGAAAAAUUGAAAGGUGUGAAUAUGACGGAUCCCAAAGACAUGUGAUUGUCAAAUCUGGGCCAGGGACUUUUCUUAGUUUGGCCGUUUAUGACAAUUACAUAUUCUGGUCAGACUGGGGCAGAAGAGCCAUUCUACGGUCCAACAAGUACACGGGAGGAGACACCAAAAUUCUUCGUUCUGACAUUCCACACCAGCCAAUGGGAAUCAUCGCUGUUGCCAAUGACACUAAUAGCUGUGAACUUUCUCCAUGUGUGUUCUUGAAUGGAGGCUGCCAUGACCUCUGCCUUCUGACUCCUGAUGGUAAAGUAAAUUGUUCUUGCAGAGGGGACCGAGUCUUGAUAGCUGACAACAGAUGUGUGACUAAAAAUUCCUCUUGCAACAUUUAUUCAGAGUUUGAGUGUGGAAAUGGUGAGUGCAUUGACUACCAGCUCACCUGUGAUGGUACUCCUCACUGUAAGGAUAAAUCAGAUGAGAAGCUGCUCUACUGUGAAAACAGAAGCUGUCGAAGAGGCUUUAAACCCUGCAACAACCGUCGUUGCAUUCCUCAUGGCAAGAUAUGCGAUGGUGAAAAUGACUGUGGAGAUAACUCUGAUGAAGUGGAUUGUAAAGUUUCAACCUGUGCCACUGUUGAGUUCCGCUGUGCAGAUGGGGCUUGUAUUCCAAGAUCAGCAAGAUGCAACCAAAACAUAGAUUGUGCAGAUGCUUCUGAUGAAAAGAACUGCAGUGAUACAAACUGCACACAUUUCUAUAAACUUGGAGUGAAAACUACUGGGUUCAUAAAAUGUAAUUCUACCUCACUGUGCAUUCUGCCAAGCUGGAUAUGUGAUGGUUCUAAUGACUGUGGCGACUAUUCAGACGAAUUAAAGUGUCCAGUUCAAAGCAAACACAAAUGUGAAGAAAAUUAUUUUGGUUGUCCUAGUGGAAGAUGCAUUUUGAAUAGCUGGAUAUGUGAUGGUCAGAAAGAUUGUGAGGAUGGGCUUGAUGAAUUCCACUGUGAUUCUUCUUGCUCUUGGAACCAGUUUGCUUGUUCUACACAAAAAUGUAUUUCUAAACACUGGAUUUGUGAUGGAGAGGAUGACUGUGGGAAUGGACUCGAUGAAAGUGACAGUAUUUGUGGUGACGUCACCUGUGCUGCUGACAUGUUCAGCUGCCAGGGCUCCCAUGCCUGCGUGCCCCAACACUGGCUUUGUGAUGGUGAGAGGGACUGCCCCAAUGGAAGCGAUGAACUUUCCACAGCAGGCUGUGCUCCCAAUAAUACAUGUGAUGACAAUUCCUUCAUGUGCCACAAUAAAGUAUGCAUUCCUAAACAGUUUGUUUGUGACCAUGAUGAUGACUGUGGAGAUGGGUCUGAUGAACCCUUGUCAUGUGGAUACCAUCAAUGUACUGCAGAAGAAUUCCGUUGUGCUGAUGGGCGAUGCCUUCUAAAUACCCAGUGGCAGUGUGAUGGAGAUUUUGACUGCCCUGACCAUUCUGAUGAAGCACCUUUAAACCCCAAGUGUAAAAGUGCAGAACAUACAUGCAACAGUUCAUUUUUUAUGUGCAAAAAUGGCAGGUGCAUUCCCAGUGGAGGUCUCUGUGACAGUAAGGAUGACUGUGGCGAUGGCUCUGAUGAGAUAAACUGCCACAUAAAUGAGUGCUUGAGUAAGAAAGUCAGUGGAUGUUCUCAGGAUUGUCAGGAUUUGCCAGUCAGUUAUAAGUGCAAAUGUUGGCCUGGAUUCCAACUGAAGAAUGAUGGUAAAACAUGUGUUGACAUUGAUGAAUGUUCUUCAGGCUUUCCGUGUAGCCAGCAAUGCAUCAAUACUUAUGGGACCUAUAAGUGCCUCUGUAUAGAUGGGUAUGAAAUACAACCUGAUAACCCAAAUAGCUGCAAGUCACUCUCAGAUGAGGAGCCAUUUCUCAUCCUUGCUGAUCAUCAUGAAAUAAGAAAAAUUAGCACUGAUGGCACCAACUACACCCUGUUAAAGCAGGUAGUGCAUAACACAGCUGUCCCCAAUGCACUUGCUGUUGAUUGGAUUGGAAAAAACCUCUACUGGUCUGACACAGAAAAAAGGAUUAUUGAAGUAUCCAAACUCAAUGGCUUGUACCCUACUAUACUCGUUAGCAAAAGGCUGAAGUUUCCCCGAGAUCUGUCUUUAGAUCCUCAAGCUGGGUAUUUGUAUUGGAUUGACUGUUGUGAGAAUCCUCACAUUGGCCGUGUUGGGAUGGAUGGAACCAAUCAGAGUGUUGUCAUAGAAACCAAGAUUUCUAGACCUAUGGCACUAACAAUAGAUUAUGUCAACCAUAGACUCUAUUGGGCUGAUGAAAAUCAAAUUGAAUUUAGCAACAUGGAUGGAUCACAUAGGCACAAAGUCCCUAAUCAAGAUAUUCCAGGGGUGAUUGCACUAACAUUGUUUGAAGACUACAUCUACUGGACUGAUGGGAAAACCAAGUCACUCAGCCGUGCCCAUAAAACCUCGGGAGCAGACAGACUCUUACUGAUUAACUCAUGGCAUGCCAUCACAGAUAUCCAGGUGUAUCAUUCUUAUAGACAACCGGAUGUUUCCAAACACCUGUGCAUGAUCAAUAAUGGUGGUUGCAGUCACUUAUGCCUUUUAGCCCCAGGAAAAACCCAUACCUGUGCAUGUCCCACCAACUUCUACCUUGCAGCAGAUAACAGGACCUGUCUGUCCAACUGCACAGCCAGUCAGUUUCGUUGUAAAACUGAUAAAUGCAUACCAUUUUGGUGGAAAUGUGACACGGUGGACGAUUGUGGAGAUGGGUCCGAUGAACCUGAUGACUGCCCUGAAUUUAAAUGUCAGCCAGGCAGAUUUCAGUGUGGAACUGGACUCUGUGCUCUGCCUGCCUUCAUUUGUGAUGGGGAAAAUGAUUGUGGAGACAAUUCUGAUGAACUCAACUGUGAUACGCAUGUCUGCCUGUCUGGUCAGUUCAAGUGUACUAAGAACCAGAAAUGUAUUCCAGUAAACCUUCGUUGUAAUGGACAAGAUGAUUGUGGUGAUGAAGAAGAUGAACGAGACUGCCCUGAAAACAGCUGUUCUCCAGACUAUUUCCAAUGUAAAACUACCAAACAUUGCAUUUCCAAACUGUGGGUUUGUGAUGAGGAUCCUGACUGCGCUGAUGCAUCUGAUGAAGCCAACUGUGAUAAAAAGACUUGUGGACCUCAUGAAUUCCAGUGUAAAAACAACAACUGUAUUCCAGAUCACUGGCGGUGUGAUAGUCAGAAUGACUGCAGUGAUAACUCCGAUGAAGAAAAUUGCAAGCCACAAACCUGUACAUUGAAAGAUUUUCUCUGUGCCAAUGGAGAUUGUGUUUCUUCAAGGUUUUGGUGUGAUGGAGACUUUGACUGUGCAGAUGGUUCUGAUGAGAGAAAUUGUGAAACAAGUUGUUCCAAAGAUCAAUUUCAAUGUUCCAAUGGUCAGUGUAUAUCAGAAAAAUGGAAAUGUGAUGGCCACCAGGACUGUAAAUAUGGGGAAGAUGAGAAAAACUGUGAGCCAGCAUCUCCUACAUGCUCAUCAAGUGAAUAUAUAUGCGCUAGUGGAGGAUGUAUUUCAGCGUCUUUGAGAUGUAAUGGAGAAUACGAUUGUGCUGGUGGUUCAGAUGAGAUGGACUGUGUGACUGAAUGUAAGGAAGAUCAGUUUCGAUGCAAAAAUAAAGCCCACUGUAUUCCAAUUAGAUGGCUGUGUGAUGGGACUCAUGACUGUGUGGAUAGCAGUGAUGAAGCAAACUGUGACAGAGGAGGAAAUGUAUGUAGAGCUGAUGAAUUCCUUUGCAAUAAUUCCCUUUGCAAACUGCAGUUCUGGGUGUGUGAUGGAGAAGAUGACUGUGGAGACAACUCUGAUGAAGCCCCUGAGAUGUGUGUCAAAUUUCUUUGCCCACCCACAAGACCUCACAGAUGUGGAAACAAUAGAAUUUGCUUGCAAUCUGAGAAAAUGUGCAAUGGGAUUGAUGACUGUGGGGACAACUCAGAUGAAGAUCACUGCAGUGGUAAGCUUGUGUCUAAGGCAAGGCCCUGUGGGAAGGAUGAGUUUGCUUGCAAUAACAAGAAGUGUAUCUCCAUGGACUUGCAGUGUGACAGGCUUGAUGACUGCGGAGAUGGUUCUGAUGAGCAGGGCUGCAAAAUGACUCCCAGUGAAUACACCUGUGAAGAUAAUGUGAAGCCAUGUGGGGAUGAUGCAUAUUGUCAUCAAAUAAAAACAUCUGUUUUCUGUCGCUGUAAGCCUGGAUUUCAGAGAAACAUGAAAAACAGACAGUGUGAAGACCUGAAUGAAUGUUUGGUGUUUGGCACAUGUGCCCAUCAGUGUAUAAAUAUGGAAGGUUCAUACAAAUGUGUGUGUGAUCAGAAUUUUCAGGAAAUAAAUAAUACCUGCAUAGCCAAAGGCUCUGAAGAUCAAGUUCUCUACAUUGCUAAUGACACUGAUAUCCUGGGUUUUAUAUAUCCAUUCAACUACAGUGGCGAUCAUCAACAAAUUUCUCAUAUUGAACAUAAUUCAAGGAUAACAGGAAUGGAUGUAUAUCAUCAAAGAAAUAUGAUUAUUUGGAGUACUCAGUUUAAUCCAGGCGGAAUUUUUUACAAAAGGAUCCAUGACAGAGAAAAGAGACAAACCAACAGUGGACUGAUUUGUCCUGAAUUUAAAAGACCCAGGGACAUUGCAGUUGACUGGGUUGCUGGUAAUAUUUAUUGGACUGAUCAUUCUAGAAUGCACUGGUUCAGCUAUUACACCACUCACUGGACCAGUCUGAGGUAUUCUAUCAAUGUCGGACAGCUGAAUGGCCCCAACUGCACCAGACUCUUAACAAAUAUGGCUGGAGAACCCUAUGCUAUUGCUGUAAAUCCUAAAAGAGGGAUGAUGUACUGGACUGUCAUCGGUGACCACUCCCACAUAGAGGAAGCAGCCAUGGAUGGCACUCUAAGAAGGAUUUUAGUACAAAAGAACCUGCAAAGACCCACAGGUCUGGCUGUGGAUCAUUUUAGUGAACGCAUUUAUUGGGCUGACUUUGAGCUUUCCGUUAUUGGCAGUGUUCUGUAUGAUGGUUCUGACUCAGUUGUCUCUGUCAGUAGUAAACAAGGUUUAUUACAUCCACAUAGGAUUGAUAUCUUUGAAGAUUAUAUAUAUGGAGCAGGACCUAAAAAUGGUGUAUUUCAAGUACAAAAAUAUGGACACGGCUCAGUCAAGUACCUGGCUUUAGAUGUUGAUAAAACAAAGGGAGUCCUCAUAUCUCAUCAGUAUAAACAACUAGACUUACCUAAUCCUUGCUUGGAUUUAUCAUGUGAUUUCCUCUGCUUGCUGAAUCCUUCUGGAGCCACCUGUGUAUGCCCAGAAGGAAAAUAUUUGAUUAAUGGAACCUGUGAUGAUGACAUCGUGUUAGAUGAUUCUUGCAAACUGACUUGUGAAAAUGGAGGGAGAUGCAUUUUAAAUGAGAAGGGUGAUUUAAGGUGUCACUGUUGGCCUAGUUAUUCAGGAGAACGAUGUGAAGUUAACCACUGUAGUAACUACUGUCAAAAUGGAGGAACGUGCGUACCAUCAGUUCUGGGAAGACCCGCCUGUAUCUGUGCACUGGGAUUUACUGGACCAAAUUGUGGGAAGACAGUCUGUGAAGAUUUUUGUCAACAUGGAGGAACCUGUGUUGUGACCAUUGGGAAUCAGCCCCACUGCAACUGCCCGGCUGAUUACACUGGAGACAGAUGUCAGUACUAUGUAUGUCACCACUAUUGUGUGAAUUCUGAAUCAUGUACCAUUGGAGAUGAUGGCAGCGUUGAAUGUGUCUGUCCAACCCGCUAUGAAGGAUUAAAAUGUGAGGUUGACAAAUGCAUAAGGUGCCAUGGGGGACACUGUAUUAUAAAUAAAGAGAGUGAAGAUAUAUUUUGCAACUGCACAAAUGGAAAGAUAGCCUCCAGCUGUCAGUUAUGUGAUGGCUACUGCUACAAUGGUGGCACAUGCCAGCUGGACCCUGAGACAAAUGUACCUGUGUGUCUAUGCUCCACCAACUGGUCAGGCACACAGUGUGAGAGACCAGCCCCCAAAAGCAGCAAAUCUGACCAUAUGAGUACAAGAAGUGUAGCCAUCAUUGUGCCUCUGGUCCUCUUGGUGACCUUAAUAACUACACUAGUAAUUGGCUUAGUGCUCUGUAAAAGGAAAAGAAGGACAAAAACAAUUAGAAGACAACCAAUUAUAAAUGGAGGAAUAAACGUAGAAAUUGGGAAUCCAUCUUAUAACAUGUAUGAGGUGGACCAUGAUCACACUGAUGGAGGCCUUUUAGACCCUGGAUUUAUGGUAGACCCAACAAAGGCCAGGUAUAGAGGGGGAGGGCCCAGUGCUUUCAAGCUUCCCCAUACAGCACCGCCUAUCUACCUAAACUCUGAUUUGAAAGGACCACUAACUGCUGGGCCAACAAAUUACUCCAACCCAGUAUAUGCCAAGUUGUAUAUGGAUGGACAAAACUGUCGAAACUCCUUAGGAAGUGUUGAUGAAAGGAAAGAAUUGCUUCCAAAGAAAAUAGAGAUUGGUAUAAGAGAGACAGUGGCAUGA